GCGAGGUCACGUCAAAUAAAUAGUCCUGUUUAAUCAGUGUCUACUCAUGUGGGCGAUGCUCAUACCAGAGACUGACUGAAGUAACAGACAGAGGGACCGCUUCACAAGGCGUUGAAAGAAAUUCUGUCAAUCAAAUCCACCCAACCAGCAGUCAUGUGCGAUUCCAAUCUGGAGACAGACCACAUGGAGGAUUUUUCCCUGAUGACCAUUCGCUUGGACUCAUUCCUUGGCUCCAAGCUGUCCCAGCGGAUUUCAGCGGAAAGACUGGCCCGGGCUGGCUUCUACUUCACCGGACAGGCUGACCGCGUUCGCUGUUUCAGCUGCCAAAAGACUGUGGAGAACUGGUGCAGGGAAGACACACCUGUGGAAAGGCAUAAGGAGGUUUCUCCAUAUUGCAAGUUUCUCAGCUGCACCCACCGCACCAAUUUUAAUCCAAGUUCCAAUACCCCGCUAGCUAAUGGUUCCAUCUACAAUGAGGAAGCAGAAGACAUGGAGUAUCGUUUGAGAACAGGAGAAGUGGUUGAUCAGAGCACCUACCCUAUGGUCCCUCACAUGAGGCGUGAAGCCGCCCGACUUCAAACCUUCAGUUCUUGGCCCCCUACUGCUCCUGUGAGAGGCCAAGAUUUGGCCCAGGCUGGCCUUUACUACUUAGGGGUGCAAGACCAGGUGCAGUGUUUCUGCUGUGGUGGCAGGCUCGGUGGCUGGGAAACAGGAGACACUGCUUGGGGAGAACAUACCAAACAUUUUCCCCACUGCUUCUUCAUUCUUGGGCACGAUGUGGGAAACAUCACUUUCCAGGCGUCUACAGAGAACAGUGAGGGUGGCAGCAGUCAGCAGAGAAACACUUAUGUCCACAUGGGGACUUUUGAGGAGAGGCUCAAUAGCUUCGCAGGUGUCCAGCACCCUGUUGACCACGAGAGGCUUGCGAGAGCUGGCUUCUACAGCACAGGCAGAGGAGACAGGACGUCGUGCUUCCGCUGUGGUGGAGGUUUGAAAGGUUGGCAGCCUGAGGAAGACCCUUGGGAAGAGCAUGCCAAAAACUACCCUGGAUGCAGCUUCCUGUUAGCAGAAAAAGGACAAGAUUUUGUCAACAACAUCCAGCUACAAAGACCACGACACAAUGGAGCUGCUCCAAGUCAUCAGAAUGGAUUUUCAGGGGACAAAAAAGAGACGCUGCAGUCAGCGAUGGCUCAGAAGGCCAUAGAGAUGGGCCUCGAUCCCAGUGUGGUGGAGAAGACCAUCUUGGACAAAAUCAGCAGGACAGGCUCAGACUACGCCAAACUGGAAUCACUUGUGGAGGAUUGUCUGAACAACAGACCAGAUAGUGACACCGUGACAGAAAAGCAAGAUGAGGACCCACUGGAGAAACUACGCAAGCUGCAGAAGGAAAAACAGUGCAAAAUAUGUAUGGACCGAGAUAUUUGUAUGGUUUUCAUCCCGUGUGGUCACCUCGUCAGUUGCAAGGAGUGUUCGGACUCGCUGAUCGUGUGUCCAAUCUGCUGUGGAGCCAUAGCACAGAAGAUCAAGACCUAUAUUGCUUAAGGGAACUACAAACUCUCAAUAAACAUCAAUGCUGCUUUCUCUAUCUUUAUAAUGUUGUAAAUUUAAUACUCAGUGUACAGUACAUAGGCUGUAAUAUAUUUAAGGUUGCUUGUAUAAAUAUCAGAAUGAAAGAAUGAGUAAAUGUCUCAAGGAAAGCGUAUUUUCACAAUCAAUACAAUGGUACGUAGAUGUUAAUAUUGAUAUGAGAGGAUUUUAUAAAUAGCUCAUGUCUUCUGUUUGGGCGAUUAAUGAGAACUGACACCUGUAAAUACACACUAAAGAACAUUUCUUAUUUUGGAACACUUCUUUUGUUUUUUUUGCCAGAGGUGCCUUUCUAUAGGUUUAUGUAGUCAUGUGCCUGAUUUAGCACAGUUUAACUGAACUUAACAUGGGGUGUUUUGUCACUUGUAUCUCAUUCAUUUCUUUUAUCUGGUGUAUUUUAUGUUUCAGACUGAUUUUAUUUCUCCUCAUGUGUGCUGCUCUCUAUUGACAUUUGUAAAAGAUAACUCCAUUAAGACUUUGCUUUAUAGUUGAUCAACUCUAGUUUAAUACCUGCAGUUAAUCAGUGUGGUGUGAAACUAUUUUACCAUUCCAUCAUGCGUUCUGUUGCGUCAUCAAGGAGUGAAUAAAUCUUAACAAAUAUA